ACAGAAAGCGAGACGCGUAGGCCGCAGCGCCUGACCAGACACUCCUUCGCCCCCCAGCUGGUGCGCUGCAUUCGCGGCGGCGGGGGGCACGUACUCGUCCUGGACACGAGCGGAAGGGUGCACGCCUGCGGCUGGAACAAUCGCGGACAACUGGGCCUGGACUCGACGGAGGAGUGCCACAACGAGUUCCAGAUGAUUCCCUCAGAGUACUUUGAGGAGGUGCCCAUUGAAACGGUUAGCUGCGGCUGGGACAUCUCUGGCGGGAUAACCCUGACCAAGCGACUCUUCGUGUGGGGCUCCAACGCCUUCCAGCAGCUGGGGAUCUGCCAGCGCGGGUUCAUGGCCGUCCGUCGGCCCCUCCCCGUGCGGCUGCCCAAGGAGGAGCCUGCGCUGGCCAUCAGCUUCGGGCUGCGCCACUGCGCAGUGCUCACGCAGGACCACAAGAUCUACGUGUUCGGGCGGCUGCGCGUCAUGGACCCCCCGCCCAUCGAGCUGGACAUCACGGCCACCACCCUGCACCGCUGCAACACGAUGAAGAUCCAGGUGCACAAUCCGAACGAGCUGCGCAUCGUGGCCCUCUCCAGCGGCCAGCACCACAUGCUGCUCAAGUGCGUGGACCUGACCCAGGAGGGCGGCAGCACCAAGCGGAUUCUGUCUUUGGGCGACAACAAGUUCGGCCAGUCCAACGCCUUCCUCUUCGAGGAGGACGUGCGGCAGCUGGCCGUCGGCUGGACCCACAAUGCGGCGCUGCUCCGCAACAACGAGAUCCUCAUGUGGGGCCGCAACUGCUACGGACAGCUGGGCACGGGCUCGAUCAGCGAGCAGCAGGCGGUGCCCCAGCCACUGAGCCUCCGACUGCCCGACGGCCAGACGCCUGCUCGCGUGCACAUGGGGGCAGAGCACGGCCUGCUGCGGACCACAGCCGGCGAGAUCUACACCUGGGGCUGGAACGAGCACGGAAACUGUGGCAGCAACAGUACAGAGAAUGUAUGCAGCCCUACACUCGUGGAAAUCCCGGGACGCGUGAAGUUGGCCGGAGCUGGCUCGGGCUUCUGUUACGCCAUUUCCGAGUCGUCUGUUAAUUAAUUUUAUAAUAAAUGUUAAAAAUGCUUAAAAAUACUAAACGGAAUAUCGAAAUUGAGGUAUUUGAUGUCGGAUCAUGAGCAAAAUUGUACGAAUAAUCAAACCCAAGCAGUUGGCGCUCUUUCUUCCAUCGAUAGUUGAAGAAACAUCGAUGUAUCGAUAGUAACAAUGAAGUUUUUCAACCUUCAGCAGCUUUACUUGAACUCCGCGGAAUUUUCGUUGCAAAUACUAUUUGCCAUUUUACAGUGAAAAUAAAGUGCUUUGUUUUUCAAAAACUUAA